ACGAAGCGUGGCGCUGGCUCCGCUGGCCAUCGACUCGCGCCGCGGCCGUCUCCACCUCCUCCACCUCGCUCGUGCAGUCGCGCUCGCAGGCCGCGGCUGCCGCUGCCGCCGCCGCAGCAGCGGUUGAUGUCAGCGAGGCUCCUGCCCCGCGUCACACCGCUCCCGCGCCGCCGCCACGGCCUGAGACCGAGCCCGGCCAUCGCCCCCGCCCUCGCGGCCUCGCUCGCGCGCGUGCUCGCCGCGCGCUCUACCGACCCGUCCUGGUCCAGCUCCCUCGCGGCGCUCCUCCCUUCCCCGCUCCCCGACGCGCGCCUCGCCGCCGCCGUCUCCGCGCUCGGGGACCACAACCCUGACCUCGCGGCCGCGCUCCUCUCCUGGCACCGGGCCCACCACUGCCAUGGCGGCGGCCCGACCCCGCUCGCCCACUCGGCGCUGCUCCGCCUCCUCGCCCGCGCCCGCCGCUUCGACGCCGCGGACGCCGCACUCCGCUGCAUGUCCCUCGCGGGGGCCGCGCCCACGCGCGGGAGCCUCGGCGCGCUCGCCGCCGCCUACGCGGACGCCGGCAUGGAAGAGAAAGCCGCCGAGGCGUGCGCGCGCGCCAGGGAACUGCACGGCGCGCUCCCCGACGCGCCGGACUGCAACUGCCUGCUCAGGCUCCUCGUGGAGCGCCGACGGUGGGAGCGCGCCCGGGGGCUGUACGGCGAGAUGCUCGUCCGGGAGGGCGGCGCGGAUGACUACAGCACCUGCGUCAUGGUCCGCGGGCUGUGCUUGGAAGGGCGGGUGGAGGAGGGGAGGGGCCUCAUUGAGGCCAGGUGGGGAGAAGGGUGCGUCCCGGGUGCCGUUUUCUACAAUGUGCUCAUCGACGGGUACUGCCGGCGUGGGGACAUCGGGAGGGGGCUGCUGCUGUUGGGCGAGAUGGAGACGAAGGGGAUCAUCCCAACCGUGGUUACGUAUGGUGCUAUCAUUCACUGGCUUGGGAGGAAAGGCGAUUUGACGAAGGUUGAGAGCUUACUUGGGGAGAUGAGGGCGAGAGGGCUGUCCCCCAACGUGCAGAUUUACAACACCGUGAUCAAUGCAUUGUGCAAAUGCCGGUCGGCGUCACAGGCAUCAGAUAUGCUGAACCAAAUGGUCAAAAGCAGGUUUAACCCAGAUGUCGUCACGUUUAAUACUAUGAUAGCAGGGUUUUGCCGGGAAGGGGAUGUUCGAGAGGCUCUGAAACUUUUGAGGGAGGCCAUUAGGAGGGGGUUGGAACCGAAUCAGUUAAGCUAUACGCCUUUGAUUCAUGGCUUCUGCGUCAGAGGAGAGGCGAUGGUUGCAUCAGAUUUGCUUGUGGAAAUGAUGGGGAGAGGGCAUACUCCGGACAUGAUCACACUUGGAGCAUUGAUUCAUGGCCUCGUUGUUUCUGGGCAGGUUAAUGAUGCCUUGAUUGUUCGGGAGAAGAUGGCAGAGAGACAGGUGAUGCCUGAUGCUAACAUAUAUAAUGUGCUGAUCAGUGGCCUAUGCAAGAAACGGAUGCUUUCUGCAGCUAAGAACCUUCUUGAAGAGAUGCUUGAGCAAAAAGUCCAGCCUGAUAAAUUUAUAUAUACUACUCUGAUUGAUGGGUUCGUUAGGAGUGACAAACUCAGUGAUGCGAGGAAAAUAUUCGAAUUCAUGGAAGAAAAAGCCUGCCCUGAUAUUGUUGCCUACAAUGUUAUGAUAAAAGGAUAUUGUAAGUUUGGAAUGAUGAAAGAGGCGGUUACAUGCAUGAGCAGCAUGAGAAAGGCUGGGUGUAUCCCAGAUGAGUUUACAUAUACUACACUUGUCGAUGGCUACGCUAAAAAAGGUGACAUAAGUGCAUCACUUAGGCUUUUAUGUGAUAUGAUGAAGCGAAGAUGCAAGCCGAAUAUUUUUACAUAUGCAUCACUAAUAUGUGGAUACUGCAACAUCGGUGACACAUACAGUGCAGAAGAUUUAUUUGCAAAGAUGCAGUCUGAGGGUCUAUUUCCCAAUGUUGUACACUACACAGUUCUAAUUGGUAGUCUCUUUAAGAAAGAUAAAGUGAUCCAAGCUGCAGCGUACUUUGAGCAUAUGCUGCUUAACCAUUGCCCUCCUAAUGAUGCUACAGUGCAUUAUUUAGUGAAUGGGCUCGUAAACUGUAGGCACGGUAUGGUCAACUCAAACCGCAGUGAUACUAAACAGGCUCACGAGAAGAGUGCCCUUUUAGAUGUAUUCAGGGGAUUGAUUUCUGAUGGAUUGGACCCAAGGAUUUCAGCGUACAAUGCUAUAAUCUUCAGCUUGUGUAGACAUAAUAUGCUUGGGAAGGCAAUGGACCUGAAAGAUAAGAUGUCUAACAAAGGCUGCUUGCCAGACCCUAUAACCUUCCUUUCACUUCUUUAUGGAUUUUCUUCUGCUGGAGAAUCAGGGAAAUGGAGGAGUGCCUUACCUAAUGAAUUUCAGCAGGAUGAAUUUGAGAUAAUCACCAAGUACAUGGCAUUAUUCAAUCAGCAUGUAACUAGUUCAGUUGUAGGUGAAGUCUCUAGGAUUUUACAGUUAUAUUCUGAGGAGUUUCAGUUCCUCAAACAACCAGAGCAGAGAUUCGCUGGUUCCUGACCCCCACAAUGUCAUGGUUUACCUGGCACUUGGAAUCAAGGUAUAACAAGAAGAAUAGCAUGGUUUGAAAUGCCAAGGAAGCUCCUGACAGGGUGUUUCCUCCAGCAAUGAAUUUCAAGACCGCAAGUGCAAUCUGCAAGGCAAAGUUUCCGGUGGGGAUCGUCCUUGAAGGAUUAUAACUCUUGGACUCUCCUUUUCAGGUACGCGAAUUAAAUCAGCCGCUCCCUCGUUACAGCCAGCAGCACUGUUGAAACUUUUUCCCCCCCACCUGUAAUGUUAGACAUUAGCCAAAAACAUAAAGUUAUUUCCCGUCUGCAUAUAUACUUGUGUACAUAGCUGCUGACCCCAUACCGAGCUUCUGACCGUGUUAGCAUCUAGCGCAAGAGGCAUCCCGCAUGACAAUAGAACUGUUUUACGGAUCAUCACCACCACUAGAAGUCGGAGCGGCGUGUCCCAACCCCAAAAAUAUUCUGUUUUCAUCUAGUAUAAAACCUGUCUACUGGACGCAAGAGGGACCUGGCAAAAUUACUUGAAUGCAAUCCUGAUGUUUUCUUCA